UUUCAUCACUCUCUUCUUCUCUCUCAUCGCCGAUUUGUGAUUCACGCGAGAAACGAGAGAGAGAGAGAGAGAAAGAGUGGCGAUCGCAACCGCCGGCGCUGACGGAAGUCAUACACAGAGCUGAUCCGACAGAAAGUAGUAGCAGCGAGCGAGCGAGGAAGACGAGAAGCUUGUGAGAGAGAGGAUGUUAUUAGUCUUGAGUAUAGAGCUAAUGCAUGUUUCAACUCUUCUCCUUAGGAAGGUGGACAUUGUCAGCAAAUGGAAUAGGCCUAGAUGAAUAGAAGAGCAGCUAAUGUUACUUGCAGUUUAAGGAGGUGGUUUCUUCUCAGCUUCCGCGUCUAAGGGAUUGACAUUGACCCUUCUUCUCUCCGGAUAUAUAGAUAGGCCCAUGAGAGUUGUCCCCUUGAAUCAUUACCAGCUGCUUCUUGUUGACCCCCUUCUUCAGCUGGAUUCCAUCAAGAACCGAGUUUCCCGCGGUUGCGCUUCCUUUUCUUGUUUUUCUUGUGGCGGCGCUUCCGCGGGACUUGAUACCACCACAACAACCACCCCAUGUCCUCUUAAAGUUGAACCUUUGAAGCAGCCCGUUGUAUCGACUUCACCACCAGAGUCUGUUGCUGUUCCUGAGAAUGGCAAAGACCACGACGACGCAAAUAAAGCUGAUGAUGAUGAUGAUAACACCAGCAAAGAAGCCGGCAAAGACCACGACGACGCAAAUAAAGCUGAUGAUGAUAACACCAGCAAAAAAGAAGCUUUCAAACUCUCGUUGAGGAGCAGCUUGAAGAGACCGCCCUCUGUUGCGGAGCCACCACGCUCUCUUGAGGAUAUUAAAGAACACGAGACGUUGAGCGUCGACGAUGCUAGCGACCUCGCCGGUGGAGACGAUACGGGAAGGCGGAAAGUGCAGUGGCCAGAUGCUUGUGGUAGCGAACUCACUCAAGUUAGAGAAUUUGAGCCCAGUGAGAUGGGAUUGUCAGAUGAAGAAUGGGAGACCGGAGAACACAGGACAUGCUCAUGUGUAAUCAUGUAGAUCAAGAAAUCAUCGGUUAUCAUUCGUUUUACUCUUUGCGUGUAUCUCUCUCACAGUUUUCAAAAAUGUGUAUUUAGUAUAUGUUGUUAUUACAAAAAAAAAAAAAACAAAGGGUCUCAUCAAGGUUUUGUUGGCUUUGUACA